CUUGAUAUGAUAAUAAUCGUGGCCGACAUAACUUAUUGGAACAUUUGCUGAUCGUUUUCGUCACGUGCAGGGUAUCAAAUGGCAGACCCUUUUUGUGGGUUCUGUUGAGGCAUGUCGUAAUGGCAAGAGAGGAGUCUCGUGGAAAGAGACCGCUAAAAAUUUGGGACAGCUGGCGAAAUGUACGAAAAGGAGUAGUUGUUGGCACAUUCGAAGAGUUAUUAGUUAGAGGUAAAGAUAAAUUAGGGGUUCCAGCCUCAGAACCGGUACGACUUGUUCUGGAGAGCGAUGGAACCCAAAUUGAAGAUGGAGAAUAUUUUCGAACUCUGGCAAAUAAUACAAUACUUUUGCUGUUAAGGCAGGGAGAACGUUGGUAUCCAACUGGCGUCGAUGUCAUAAAGGCUGCAAUAUCAGCUAUACCAAAAAUCGUCUGCGAGACGAUCCAUGCAUUGGAGUUGCACGAUGAGACGCCUUCUUGGAAAAUUAUGGACAACAAGGGUCGAGUCACGGUGGUUCUUCACUGGGACCAACGUCAAAGCGGUGGAGCAACAGGUGGUCAAGGCGGACCGAACAGUAGUGGAGCUGGCAGUAGUAACGGUCUUAUAUCCUCAGAAAAAUAUUCACCAUCGAAAAAAGGGCUUUCUGCACAAAGUUCAUUGGACAACAAAUCCGUAUCAUCACAAUCCUCUCAACAACGGUAUACAAGUCCACAAAUAACAGUCAUAAGUGAUGAAGGACCCGCGAGUGUAUAUCAUCCAGGUGGUGUGGUUCUUCCACCCGGCGUUGUGAUACCUGGCACUAAUAGAAGACUUUCAAAGCAAGGGGGUUCUUUCGAUAGUGCUGUGGGUGCAGUUCAUGUGCACACACCUGAAUGUGCGCAUCAUGCUCACACACCCAGUCGAGCGGGCAGUCCUAGUACCACGGAGUGCGACUUUCAUUGCUGUGCUUUGCACGAGGAGGGUCGCAAAAUCGCUGUACACAAAAGUGUGGCGACCUCUCCAAUUCAAGAUGGUACCACGAGCCCACAACCUCAGCAGCAGGCUACUUUGGGCAUGUCAUCGGUUGUGGAUCCUAUGAUGGGCGGCAGCAUGCAGCGCCGCUCCUCAGGGACAAAAGGUCAUGUACGGUUCCUGGAUAUUGCACCGGAGCGCGACAGUUCCGAAAGCGAAACUGAAAACACAAUCAUGGAAGAUGAAAAGGUAACGACGGAAAAGUUCUUACUACUCAUCGACCAACUGUCUGUUGAUCAAAAACGUCAUCUUAGCAUCAAAGACAUUGGCAUCAUAUUAGAGCGCCUAAAUUCGAAAAUUCUCGAUGUCGAACGACUGGACAGAGAGUCUGAGUCGGAUGACUGUUACAAUUGGACGAUAAAGGCGACAAUACGAGGUGAUGCUCUGCGCGAACUAGGCGUUAUUUACAAUGGCAACUACUACGCUAUCUCAGAACACCCCGGCUACAAAGAGGAAGUCGAAGAAAACGGCGAAGAAGUGGAAGAAGAGGAUGAAGAAGAUCGGAUAUAAAUAGUGAUUAUUGUAAUUGAAUUUAAUAACUUAGUUUCAACACAUUUGCAAAUAUUUGUAAACAUCAACAAAUCAAGAAAUUAACAGGAGCGUAUGCAUAAAUAUUUAAAAAAAAAUAGAAAAUUAUAUUUAAAACGGAAAGACCUAGAUUGUGUACAGUAGAAAAUAAACCCAAACAAAUAACUCAAUAUUAUUACGGCGGAAUAAUAAAAAUCGUAAAAAAACUA